AUGGGAAGUAACAGAAGCGAUGAGGGUUCAAAAUGGUUGAAACAUUAUUGUAGUGAUCAUCAAUUAUUGUUGGCGGGAGAGGGUGAUUUCUCCUUCACCCUUUGUCUAGCAAAAGCUUUUGCUUCUGCAACAAAUAUUGUGGCUUCUUCUUUUGACACUCAUGGAUGCAUAAAGAUCUUGUGGAUGGUUUCUUCAAGAAUGAUUCGGGCGAGUGGUCAAAUUCAUGUGAAUCACAAAACUUCACAUCCCUAUACUAAGUGGAACAUAGAGAAGCUUGCAGAGGAAAGCUUUCUGAAAUUGAUGGAGUGUAGUGAUUUCAAGAAAGAAGAUUAUACAGGUUAUAGCAACAAGAGAGGAGAUGGUAAUAGAUGUGAUAAAAGUUUUCCUCUUGGUAGAUGCAGCACCUUCAAAUUUACCCAUCUUAGAAGAAAGAUUGGUAUUGCUCCUUCUGUAUCACAUUGUGCUUGA